CCAGAAUUCUGCAACCCGAUGUCACAAUGGCAGCAAACCACCCCAGCCAGUCUCCCCCCAAGUCAGGGUGGAUGGCAUCCAGCCUCUUACAGAAGGGUUUUGAAGACAUGAAUCGUCAUGCAGGACCAAAUAGAAAAGUACCCAGGAUUCCGGCAAAGCCAACCCCAACGACAGCACCAGCACCACCACGUGCAGCCGGCAGCCUCAGCCCUCUGCCCCAGCGCGCCCGCUCACACCCCCCCAGGGCCGUCCGGUACAUCCUGCUGGACAGCUGCAGGAACAUCCCAGCAUCCUACAUCCUAGCCAGCGUGGACUCCCACAAGGCCCACAGAGGGUCUGCCUCCUGCCACCCCGUGAACCACGUCCCCAGCACAGCCGUGGGCUGCUGCUCCCUAUUCCCCAGUUACCUCCCAGUGUUCCUCACCUUCCCCAUCCUCCCCAGGAAGCCAACCCAGGGUUCAGGGCGCUCUCCGGACGCUAGGAAGAGGCUGCCAGUGUUCCUGCAGCUGUGUGGAGAGGACGUGCCAAUCUCAUCCCCCAGAGAUGCGCGUCUGCAAACCUCCAGCCACGAGAGGAAAGUGCAGCCCAAUGCCAAAGCACUGAGGGAGGGCAAGAGAGGGCAGAGGAUGAAGAAGAAGAUGGCGGGGUGCACCCCAAGUGACAAGGCAUGAAUGACUGUGAGGUAGCUUCUGAAUAAAAGAUAGUGUUCUUGGA